UUCUGUUGUAGACUUUUCAAUUUAUGCCUUCCAGUUUUUUCUUCACUUUUGCAUUCUUUUUGACACUGAGAAAUUUGGAAAAAGAUUAUAAUCAAUAGGUUAACACUAACUCGCCUUCUGUUGACACUAAUUAUUAUUAGACACUACUGCACGAGUAGCCUUAUUGUAGCAGUCUGCUACACUUCGAUAAUAUCGAACGUUCUCCAGACUCCAGACUCGCUCUCGUCCAAGUUGGAUUGCGCAGUGGCGCAGUUAGUGCUGGAUCAUGUCCCAACCAUCGUUCAUCAGUGCAGAGCGUCGAGGCACGGUUCCUCACAUCGCCAGUCGGAUGAAGGCCGUCUUGGCUAACGGAGAGCUCAGCGAUAUUGAAUUUGCCGUGGGACGCGAGCAUGGGGAUGUGAAGAUGUUUCCAGCCCAUAAGUGUGUGCUGCUUUGCCACACGACGAAUGCAUAUGCUGAUAUGCAUGUCUUGACUCCUGACAUCACUAUGUAAAUGCUGCAGGUUCGCUCUGAGCAUCAGCAGCGAUGUAUUCUACACCAUGUUUCACGGGAGCUUGGCUAAACGCGACGCAACCAUUAUUUCCAAAUUCCAAUGCCUGAAAUCCUCCCCGAAGCGUUUGCUAACAUGCUCAGCUACAUCUACACCGAUUCUGUGGAGAAUCUGAAGCCUGAGAACGUCAUACAUACCCUGUACUGUGCGGACAAGUACGAUUUGCCUUUGGCGGACCGCUGCAUUAGCUUUGUCCUCGAGCAGAUGAAGCCUGAAAGCUGUCUGAUGUUCCUGGAAAAUGCGCUCCCUUGGACGCCCGAUUGUGACCAGAUUGUGGAGAAGUGCCUGGAUAUGGUGGAUGAAUUCACUAUGGCGGUUUUCCAGUCGGAUCACUUCACAGAGAUCGGAUUGAAGACGCUGGAGAUGGUUCUGCGACGGGAUACACUGUCGACGGAAGAGAACGUCAUCUACAUCGCUGUGGAAAAAUGGGCAAUAGCGGCUUGCGCUCGUCAGCAUCUAUCUGCCUUCAUCCGUUGCGAACCGUCGUAAAGUGUUGGGAGCAACUGGAAAUCGUAUAAGCUGAGAGAAGAGGUCUUUAUUUCCUGUACGAACGGCUACUGGCAUCCUGCAAGGGUUUGGGGAGAAAAUGAGCUCAAUCUCUCUCCGCUACGGGAGGAGAAGGUGGAACAAUCGGUGGGAAAAUUGUCCUCGCCAUCAGAAAACGUUCGUGCUGCGGAUAUUCUAAAGCGUAGCCAGCCACUGUAUGUUUACGUUGACGAUGCCGUUAAGGAAGCCAAGUAUGGUCAACAGCGCGCUGGAUUGCAUACGGUUAACGUCGCCGGCCGUGAAUACAGUGUGGAUUUUAUGCAGCUCAAGUUCUCCGACAGUCAGAUUGACGAGUGGAAGGCGGCCAAAAAGCCGUUUUGGGCUCUGGAUUAGAUGAGACAAUGCUGACAUCUCUUCGGUUGAUUAUAUUGUGAUGAGCUAAUACAAUUCUUUAGUGUUGUUAUUGUUGACAGGCCACGUACGUUGCGCCACGUUGGUUCGGUUCGGUUGUAGCUUGAAUGAGCAUUUUGGAAUUCGAUUGCUUUUUUUGUUUUUCUUGAUGCCGUGGAAUGCGGCGCAUUGUCGACUCGAAAAACGGUGGUAUCAGAAACACUGAACAUCCUAUG